CGAGUCAAUAUGUCGCCCGAAGAUUCAAACGCGUACUUCACAUCGAUGCUCCUGCCCAGCACCGAAGACAUGGACUCGCUGCUCAAUAGCCUACGCGCUAAUGCCUACCCAUCCGAUACCGAGGCCCAUCGACUGCGCAUGGCCAUUGCUGCCCUCCAGCCAGAAGUCGAUAAAUAUGAUCAAGAGAUUGACAGAGUCCAAGCCAUCCUCGAGGGCCUGCGGAGCGAGCGGAGCCGCAUCCAGUCAUACUCGGCUGCUGUGGCGAGUCUGAUGUCCCCCAUCCGCGCCUUGCCUUCUGAGCUUUUGCUCCCGAUCUUGAAGCACUGUGUCGACUUCGUGCCGAAGCCAGAAUAUCGCAACGAGGUCUAUAUCGCCAACAUGUUGCAGAUAUCCUGGCGGAUCCUCUCAAAAGUCUGCUAUCACUGGUACAUCACCAUUGCCGACUCACCGCUGAUCUGGUCUGUGGUGAACAUGGACCACUCGCAUUCCUUUAUCACUUUUCGCUCAAUGGGAGUCAGAAAUCAACUCAUGGAGCUGGUGUUGAAAGCGGCAAAAGAGACGCCGCUGACGCUUACUUUUGUGCCAGCACAUGACAGUUACUGGUCCAGCUCCAACAAUGCCCAGGGAGCGGUGCCACAGGCCGGCGAUGCAGAUAUGAAGAGGAUAUGCGCAGAGUCAACGCGGUGGAGGUCCCUUAAACUCACACUCGACUGCAGAACCUUGUGGCAGUUUGGCGUCAAGCCUCAUAUUCAGGGUUGGUUACCCAUCUUGGAGGACCUAGAGCUAGCAGCGCAGUCUGUAUCAAGCCCGAAGCGACCGGAGGUGGUGGACUUCUGGGCAGCGUGUACCCUGUUCGAAGAGGUGCCGGCGCUGAGGAGGUUCACCUUCCAAGAUGUACCUCCAUCUGUUCCGUGGGCCCAGCUUGUGUAUGUCCACUUCAAGCUGGCCAAUCGUACGCCUUAUCUCGACCCACCCGACAAAGGACCCUUGUACUCCGUAUUGUCAUUCAUUGAGCACUGCUCCGAAUACUGCACGGUCGUCUUGUCAGACCUCGAAGAGCGAUAUGACCCAGCGUUCAAGCACUGGCCAACGCAGCCGAUUCUCCGGUCUCAGAUCCGGGCGUUGCAGCUCACCACACAACUCAGGGACAGGCAUCUUCGUCCGCGAACAGUAGAACUCAUCACCCGGCUGUUACAAGUGCUGGACCUGCCCUCUGUCCAGGAGUUGUACAUUGACGGGUCACCUGCGAGGCCACCAUCGCUUUGGAAGACGGCCGUCUUUUCCGCAUUUGUUGCGCGCUCUCCCAAGCUUACUUCGCUAAGCUUGCUCAAGGUGUUGCUAACUCCCACGGACCUGCUCGACGCACUGCAGCAGACCCCGUGUCUAACAGAGCUUACUAUCGGGGACAUCGUCGUGUCUGAAGGCAUAUUCAGCUUCGCGCUGAAUGACGGGGCCCUACACGCGCUGUCUUGCGCCCCAUAUAUCGUGCCCAACCUCGCCUACCUUGGGCUCACGUCAUAUUUCCAGUUCUCUGAGGCGCUCCUGGCCGCUUUUCUUGCACUGCGCGCCGAGCACAAUCGUACUAGCGGACAUAGGAAGGCCGGGACCAGCCACCCGUUCGUCUUCCGCGCGGAGCUGUGCACUCCCAGUGAGAAGGACAGCACAGGCAGCAAGCUUGCGAAUGGCACAAAUAUCGAGUGGGUUCAAAAGGAUAUCGACGGAAUUUCGAGGCUUCUAAUGGGGUCUGCAUGGCGGCAGGGGCUGCGGUUCACAAUGGAUGGACAGUAUGAUUCUGGGUGUAAGUAG